AGCAAAGAGCAGGCUGACAACAGGGUAGAGCAGAGUACUGUGUUCUGAAGAAGCCUGUUCCCCCCCUUUCUCUCGCUCUCUCUCUCUCUUUUCCCUGCUGUAUAGAGGCACGAGCAUAGGAAUCGGGAAGAGACGAGUGUCUCUAUUGAGAGUGUUCACUACGAGGUAACUGUUAAAAUAGGGGAACAAGCUAACGUAUUUGCUAGGAUCUCAAUGGACAAACAGAGUGAAGAAAAGCAUGUACUAACGGGUCUAGAUGAGGAGGCAAUUGUUGACCAUGGAAAGAGCAGCUUCACCAUUCAAACUAACUAUGAAAAGGAUGACUUGGAAAGCCACAGAGCAGUGUACGUAGGCGUUCACGUUCCUAUUGGAAGGGAAAGCAAGCGGAGACAUCGUCACAGAGGACACAGGCACCACAGAAAGAGAAGGGACAAAGAUUCGGAGGAUGGAAAGGAGGAUGACAGAGAAUCACCACCUUAUGACACUCCAUCCCAACGGGUCCAAUUCAUUCUGGGCACAGAGGACGAUGACUUGGAGCAUGUUCCCCAUGAUCUCUUCACUGAGCUGGAUGAGCUAUCCUUCCGCGCUGGCAGUGCCACUGAAUGGAGGGAAACAGCCAGGUGGCUAAAGUUUGAAGAGGACGUGGAAGAUGGAGGGGAAAGAUGGAGCAAGCCCUAUGUGGCUACAUUGUCAUUGCACAGUUUAUUUGAACUGAGGAGCUGCAUCCUCAAUGGCACGGUCAUGCUGGAUAUGAGAGCCAACAGUAUAGAGGAAAUAGCUGACAUGGUGAUAGAUAGCAUGGUGGCAUCUGGCCAGCUCAAGGAGGACCUGCGGGCGAAGGUGCGUGAAGCAAUGCUGAAGAAGCACCAUCAUCAGAAUGAGAGAAAGCUCAGUAACCGCAUCCCUUUGGUGCGCUCCAUUGCUGACAUAGGCAAGAAACAUUCUGACCCUCUCUUGCUUGAAAGAAACGGAGAGGGCCUUUCCUCUUCGCGUCUCUCCCUCCACAAGCCAGGAGCAGCCUCCUCUGCUUCCAACCUGCCUCAGAGACAAGAGUCCCGAGUUUCUAUCCUACUCAACCACCUCCUACCGUCCUCUUCCUCCAACACGGGGCACCCUUCAGGUCCCUCUCCCCACGCCACCCCUCAGAGUACUCCUGCGUCCUUUCGACGUGCAUCUCCGAGCCCGCCACGUACCCACGGAGCCGGCUUUGGCCAUCAUAGCAUCCCUGAAGUGGUGGUAUCUCCGCCCAAGGAUGAUGACCCACCAAACUCGACUGAAGAAGAGGCUUUGCCCCAGUUCAGCCGGCAAUCAUCCUGUGCAUCCCAGGGAUCCGAGCUGCUGCCCUUAGAAGGACCACUCGUUCAUCCGAACUCCGUCCCGAAUUAUCUGGACAGUGAAAAGGCGGCGGAGAGACGGCCUUCCAAAGUUGGGGUCAGUAGAGAAGGCAGCAGUGUCGACUUUAGCAAGGUCGAUAUGAAUUUCAUGAAAAAGAUUCCCCCUGGUGCUGAAGCCUCCAAUGUUUUGGUGGGAGAAGUGGAUUUCUUGGAGAAACCUAUAAUUGCUUUUGUUCGACUCUCCCCUGCAGUUCUUAUCACCGGGCUCACCGAGGUUCCAGUUCCCACAAGGUUUCUGUUCCUGCUUUUGGGUCCUCAUGGAAAGGGUCCUCAGUAUCAUGAAAUUGGCAGAUCUAUGGCCACUCUAAUGACAGAUGAGAUUUUCCAUGAUGUGGCAUACAAAGCCAAAGACCGAACAGAUCUCCUCUCUGGAAUUGAUGAGUUUCUUGAUCAGGUGACAGUCCUCCCUCCUGGAGAGUGGGACCCCACCAUCCGGAUUGAACCCCCUAAAAAUGUCCCAUCUCAGCUAAAGAGGAAGAGGCCGUCCCAUCCUAAUGGCACAGCAUCUCCAGCGGGAGAACUGGAAAAGGAAGAUGACCACCACGUGGGACCAGAGUUGCAGAGGACUGGAAGGAUAUUUGGUGGUCUGAUACUGGACAUCAAGCGCAAGGCCCCAUUUUACUGGAGUGACAUCAGAGACUCCUUUAGUCUCCAAUGUCUAGCCUCUAUUCUCUUCCUCUAUUGUGCCUGUAUGUCUCCUGUCAUCACAUUUGGAGGUCUGCUUGGGGAGGCAACCAAAGGCAACAUAAGUGCCAUUGAGUCUCUUUUCGGGGCAUCUUUGACUGGAGUAGCGUAUUCCCUAUUUGCUGGCCAACCCCUUACAAUUCUUGGGAGCACAGGACCUGUUUUAGUGUUUGAGAAGAUUCUCUUCAAGUUCUGCGCAGAUUACAGUCUGUCCUACCUAUCGUUGCGAACAAGCAUUGGGCUGUGGACAGCCUUCCUAUGUAUAGUACUGGUUGCUACUGAUGCUAGCUCCUUGGUCUGCUAUAUUACCCGCUUCACUGAAGAAGCUUUUGCCGCGCUCAUCUGCAUCAUCUUUAUCUAUGAGGCUCUUGAGAAGCUCUUCCACCUUGGUGAACAUUAUCCUGUUAACAGCCACAACAUGUUGGAUAAUCUGACAUCAUAUUCGUGUCAGUGUGCUCAGCCUGCAAAUGUUUCAGCUGAGCUCCUACAGAAGUGGAACCAGACAGGAUACAGUCCAGACUCCAUACCCUGGAGUAGCCUGAAUGUUUCGAUGUGUAAAACACUCCAUGGGGAGUUUGUGGGCACAGCCUGCAGUAACCAUGGGCCCUACAUCCCAGAUGUUCUCUUCUGGUCCAUCAUCCUCUUCUUUACCACCUUUUUCCUAUCAGCUUUCCUCAAGCAAUUUAAAACCGAGCGAUAUUUCCCCACCAAGGUGCGAUCUACAAUCAGUGAUUUUGCUGUCUUUAUAACUAUUAUGAUAAUGGUGUUGGUGGACUACUUAAUGGGCAUCCCUUCGCCGAAGCUGAAUGUCCCUGAUCGAUUUGAGCCUACUUCAAAGAACAGGGGUUGGCUAAUGGACCCAUUAGGAGAGAACCCCUGGUGGACACUGUUGGUGGCAGCGCUUCCUGCCCUGCUGUGCACAAUCCUUAUAUUUAUGGAUCAACAGAUCACCGCUGUCAUCAUCAACCGCAAGGAGCAUAAGCUCAAGAAAGGCUGUGGCUAUCACCUGGACUUGCUCAUUGUGUCAGUAAUGCUUGGCGUGUGCUCUAUUAUGGGCCUGCCGUGGUUCGUGGCUGCAACUGUCCUCUCCAUUUCGCACGUUAACAGCCUCAAGGUGGAAUCUGGCUGCUCCGCUCCUGGAGAACAGCCUAAGUUCCUAGGUAUCAGGGAGCAGCGGGUCACAGGAUUCAUGAUCUUUGUCCUCAUGGGCUGUUCUGUUUUCAUGACAUCGGCACUCAAGUUCAUUCCUAUGCCAGUGCUGUAUGGAGUCUUCCUCUACAUGGGUGUGUCCUCUCUCAAAGGCAUCCAAUUCUUUGACAGAAUCAAGCUGUUUGGCAUGCCUGCGAAGCACCAGCCUGAUCUGAUUUACUUGCGCUACGUGCCGCUAUGGAAAGUCCAUAUCUUCACGCUGGUACAGCUUACGUGUCUGGUACUGCUCUGGGUCAUCAAGGCCUCGGCUGCAGCGGUCGUCUUCCCCAUGAUGGUUCUUGCACUGGUGUUUGUCCGAAAGCUUCUUGACUUCUUUUUCACGAAGAGAGAGCUAAGCUGGCUAGACGAUUUGAUGCCAGAAAGCAAGAAGAAGAAAGAAGAUGACAAGAAGAAGAAAGCACGUGCAAAACUGGAAGCAGAAUCUCGAUUACAGGACGAAGAGGAGCUACAACUACAGGUCAGCUACGAGGGCUCCAACCUGCUCAACAUCCCAGAAAAGACCGUUUCAGGGAGUUCUAAGUCUGACCCCUUGGUUGUAAAUAUCUCUGAUGAAAUGGCCAAAAGUUCCGCGUGGAGAGCUGUGAACUCGAGUGGCAACUCACAUGACCAACCUGUGAAGCAUAGUGGAAGCCGGGAGAAGGCGGCCUGCGUUAGAGUGGACAUCAGCCCUGACACACCAGGAGAGAGUUCCACCACAGAGACCUUCUUGUGAUAAUUUCAUCCUACAUGACACACAAACAACAACAGGGGCAACAACAUACUGUAAAAACAGUCCACUUUUCUGUGCCAACUUCAGCACAGCAGGUGAGCACCACCAAUGCGGGCCGUCAAGUUGCCAGGGCAAAGCGCCGUGACUUACGCGAUAUUCUGCCCAAUGUAGUGACUUCAUUUUGUUUAACAUUUGCACCUCUGAUGCCAAAGGAAUGGGCCUCCCUGGUGGGGAUCUUUGAGUGCUUAUUUUAAUUUCAGCCACCAUUUUUAGUCCGUCUCCGAACUGCACAUAAAUUGCUCACACAGUGAGCAGCCCAGCACAGUGUUUGACGGUAGUAUUUCAAAUACACCAGCGCCAUUCAGGAAAUAUCCAUGUCUCAAAAAUCGUGUGUCAUUGUCGAAAAACCAAAAAUGAGGUACUCCGAAAGAACUAAACAGAAUUCGACAUAUACAUCAUAGGUCAUACAAUCAUAUUGUAAGGGUUUUUUCUCUUUUAAGAGAACAGUGCUGCUUAAAUGUCGUCACUUGUUUCCAUCAGAAACGUCUUUCUUAUAUAUGUAGGUUAAAUAUUAACGCAGGUAUAUCUACUGUGAUCUUUCAAUGUGUAAUGUUGUGUAAAAACUACAUCAGAGGCCAUAUGAAGUCUGUACUGUACAGUAAGCACUUUGCUAGCAUAAUUUCUUAUCUAUACGAAUCCUAGUAAUUAUUAUUAGUAGUAUUAAAUGUUGCUUCUUCUCCCUAUAUUGUGUUUAAAUUUAUGACUGAAAUUUCAAUUACAUGACUCAGGAAUCUUAUAAGGAUUUCUGACUGCGGUCACGGAAUGUUUGUCAAAAGGCGGCGAUAAUGUUUUUUCUGAAACCUCAUUAUCGCUACUGUCAAAGUUUUGAUCGAUGAUUUUAAUUAUGAAUGUUUACUCAAGCGGAAGGCAUCACUGCGUGUGAUGCUAUCAUGUAUAAAUAAAAGGUUCUGCCAAAGUACAGUGAAACCUUAAAAGAGAAAUUUAGGAAAUGCAUGUCUGACUGCUUGUAUUGGGAAAUCCUAUUUGUUGUGGGGAAUGCAUACUUAACCUAUUUUAAAUAGGUAAUCAAAUUAAAUAUUCUGAAUCACACUUAAACACAAACAUAUCAAAACAUACUCACUGUUAAAACAGGGGAGUCUUAUUUUGUACGGCAAAAUUAUUUGUUUUUUUGCUUUUGUCAAGUUGCUUAUUUGUCACUCCUAGUUUAAGUUAACUAUUAAACCAGCACAUAACCAGGGGCGGAUCUAGAAAAAAAUAUUCAUGAGGUGGCGAGAGGGGCGGGCCAUUUUGGCGGACGGAUGUACACAAAUCGCGGCCGAUGAAACCUUGAUAAGUUUGCUUUAUUAAAGUUUCACAAGCUCUAGGACAGGGGUCCCCAACCUUUUUUGCACCACGGACCGGUGUUAUUUGGGUCUUUUUUUUUCACGGACCGGUGUUCUGACAAAUUUUGCAACCCAUCAAAAAUUGCAACGAUGCGGUUCUGCGCGUGCGCGUAACGUUAAACAUAGCCGCAAAAUGCGCAAAUGCAGCGAUUACACAGUAAAAAUUACAAACUUUCUUGAAAGAAAGGAAUAUUAACUUACGUUUGAUCAUGGAAGGACUUGUAGAAAAGUUCUCCUCAGAUUCAUCCUGCCAUGUAAGCUGCACAUUGUCGUUGAACAUUAAUUAAGAAGCCCGCUUCACAAAGAUACGAUGUUGGAAAUUGUAGCAGGGUUUUCAAUGUUCUUGGCGCGAUGUCAGGAUAUUCCAGAAUGACUUUAAUCCAGAACCUCGGUGGAGUUGUUGUCUCGAAUGUACAUUUAAUAAGGUCCCCGUCAUUUGCGAUCUCUCUGUUUAUUCACAAACGGGUCACGAAUCCACUCCUUCGCAGUUCGUGGGUCUUCGAGGUUGUAGGCUCGUCAGGUGCCCUUUUCGCCUUAAAAAUAUCCUUUUCGCCGUAAAAAUAUCUCCAAAGACGUCUGUUUUCCAGUUAUCUUCGCUCGUGUGGGGGCUAAUUAUUUCCGGGAACAAAUGUGCUGCGCCCGCGGCCUAGUAAUAUGUUAUUAUCGAGGACAUGCGCACAUAGAUGUAUUAUAUACACAAACAAGAUGUAUUUGUAGCAGUCCAAUCAAUGGACUUCUAUGACAACAUUGUAAUCUAUCCCGUAGUAUUAUAUCUAGAAUAGACAGAGAUAUUGGUGUGUUAAGCAGGGGCACAGGGUUAAUUCGGCCAGAAUGCGGUCAUUAUUAAAUUAUUAUUUCUGUAUUUGCCGCUAUUGGCCACUAUUUGCCGGGCCGCAGACCGGCAGAUAGUGACCCCUGCUCUUGCACACUUUAUAAAUGACUCUCAUACCUCUCCUUGCUAAGCUAAAUGGUACCUCGAUGUGCAUUUGUGUGAAAAUGUAGUUCACGAGCAACAGCAAAAACGAUUUACCUUCUCAACGAAACUACCGUAAUUUCCUGAAUAUAAGGCGCACCCCAAAUGUACUUGUAAAAUCUAGGGGAAAUUAUUGUACCCGUUAAUAACGCGCACCCUAAUUUUAGCACCAAUAAAUAGAAGAAUACAAGAAAACGGCUCGUGUACAGAUACAGAAAUGUCAUUUUACUGACUGGUGAAACACAGCACAAGCAUAGCAUAUUGGUAGUUCAAAACAUUGCCAUAAACUGACAAUAUUUACUAGAGGUGUGCAUCGGCACUGCCCUCACGAUUCGAUUCGAUUACGAUUCGGAGGGCCACGAUUCGAUUCGAUACAGAGGAUCACGAUUCGAUUCGGUUCAAUUCGGCAAUGCAUCACGAUGCAUUAAAAUUCUAAAGCAAAGCAUAUUUUUCGUGAAUAAUGAGGCAACACAAGCGGCCAGACAUUAAACAACUUUUUAUUGGCUUUUGUGUCAUUCCUGGUUGAGGUCAAAUGAAAAUAGUAUACUUUCAGAUAUAUACUUUUUUUUAAAAAAAAGGGGGAAACCAAAUCCAAACCAAAGAUUUUUGAAUGUACAGUGGUACCUCUACAUACGAAUUUAAUUCGUUCCAGGACCUUGUUUGUAAGUCGAAAUGGUCGUAUGUCGAGCAGGAUUUUCCCAUAGGAAUACAUUAUAAUUCCAUUAAUUCGUUCCAAAGCCUAAAAACAUACACUAAAUUCUUAAUAAAUACUGCUGGCACUGUUACAAAUGGCAAUUAAACAUAGAAAAACAAAUAAGUUAUAAAUAAAUAAUUCAGAAUAAUAUAAUAAUAAGAAGAAUAAUUAAUAAUUAUUCCUGUAAAUAAUGUAACGAAUCGGACUCUAAUAUGGCGGACACUUUUUACUGUCCCUGAACGCACCGCGAAGCUGACGUCUCAGUGAGGUGCGGUAGAGAUAAUACUUUCGUUUUCUUGAGAGCAGUCAACUGCUUAAGACAAUGGGCGUUUUGUGUUGGAUAAGUUCUUAAAUAGAUGAUAAAAACGUGACGAAGCUGGCGAUUUCCUUGGCAAUGUUACCACAAUAAUAAUUGUCACCUUAACUUAUAAAUAGUGGCGAACGGUGGUCGGAAGAGGACCAUGGAGCUGUAUUGUUGAGCCAGUUCAGGGACGCGCACCCCAAGCUCAUAUUUUUCUAUAACUUGCAUCUUCAUUUCAAAGGUAAGCAUCACUUUUUUCCUUGUUUCUCCAACUGUAUCAACUUUUUUUGAAAACUGUUGAUUUCUCACACAAGAAAAUCCACCGUGCGUUCGUUUGCAGUGCUGUCAUGUCGUCGUAUUUCGAGCAACUCCUCGGAUGUAGAAACAAAUGGCGGCUCAAAUUUUACGCCGGAUGUCGAAAAGAUCGUGUGUCGAAGUGAUCGUAUGUAGAGGUACCACUGUACUUAGAUAUUUUAAAAUGCACUGAAUCGAUUCGGCUUGUUGCCCGCAACGAAUCGAAUCGUCCAUGCCCCGCAUCGGGAUGCAUCGAUUAUUGUUGACACCCUUAAUAAAAACCAUGCAGUUAGCAUUUAUUUUACAUAAAUACGUCGAAAUACAAUGCUAGUCUGUUAGUGAAUGUAGGUAGCGGCCGCCUUAUGUAAACGGAGAGUUUCCGGUGAAAAUUCUUGUGAAUAAAUGCUUAAAUCCACAAAUUCUUAAUUGAUUUUAUUGGGUUUUUUUUUUCACAAUGUUUCAAAAUGCAUGCAUGGCAUGAAAAAUCUAAUUACCUUGAAUCCUCGGACAAAUCCCUCCUGAGAUGAUCCUUCCUGUUUGUAUGCGGUACAUCUUUCGUACUUUUUCAACAGAAAUCCGGCAUUAGGUCACUGCGUGCUUGUGUUUGUGAAUAGCUCCUCUUGAUGUGGGCGGCCUCUUACUUGAAUGCGAGGCGCAGUGCAUGACCGAUCAGACCCCUCAAUACCAUUAUGAAGUCUAUGAUUUAUGAAUGGAUGUUUUUGUGUCAUACAGAAGUCAACAAUGAUUGACAGACAUUAGGGUUUGAUCUUGCCAGAGGUGAACUUCACAGCGCCGAAUGCAUUAAUCAUCGUUUAACUGGUUAAACAGUUGCUGUGGCAGCUCAUUGUGUGUAAGUGAGCAGCUUGAGCGGAUUUGAGUGGACUCAGUCAUUUAAGCAUUUAGUAAAGCCAAGCAUUUUUCUACUUUCUUGUUUAAAAAUAAUUCGGUAGGACAGAAACAUGUUUAAAACGUAUCAUAAUUAUUACAUUUGAAGUGCUUAAAAACCACUUAUUAAAAUAAAUAUGUACAUUCAAGUUUUUUUUUUUUUUUUUUUUUUUUAAUUUGGGAGAAAAAAAAGUGAUUGAACAGAACAUUUUUUUGGGGGGGGGGGUCUACUUUGCGGUUUUUCCACUUAUUUCGACGGGUUCUGGUCCCCCUUAACCGCGAAAAACGAGGGAUCACUGUUUUUGCUUAUUUCUGAAAAAAUAUACCACCAAAGCACAACUUUUAUAUUUUUGUUUCUGUUACAAAAAUAUGCCCAAUAACAUGUUUUUGUUUUGUUUUGUUUUGCUUGUAGGCAACAAAAAUUAAAGCAAAUGUGCAACAAGUGCACAACAAAUGCACAUUUAACCUUGGGCUAUCACAUAACAAUGGGAUUAUUCGUUGUACCUUUUGGGUGUUUUUACUUUCUUGGCCUAUUUACUAAUUGGAUUCUGUUUUUUUUUUUAAAGCUUUUGAGUGUUUCACUGUACUUUUUGGCGGUUCCUGCUGUGUUUUAAAGCCGACAACACGCACAGCAGACUCCCGCACACAAAACAACACCAGCCAAAUGUUGUUGUAGAGGGUAAAAUAUAAGUGAAACCAGUUAGUUGCACCUAUUUUUAUACUGUCUGUAUUAUUUUAUUGUGUGUGUGCGUGUGGUGGACAAAAAUGUUAUUUUAGUGACGCGAAACAUUUUAUGCAAAGCAAAUAUUUCUACUGUAAAUGUGACAUUUAUAAUAUUCUACAAAGCUGUUCUAAUUUACGCCGAGUGCAGUCUUGUUUUAGCAAUAAAUGUUCCAUAUGUAUGGAUUCAUGACACUAGCUAUUAUCCAGGUAAGGAAUAAUUGUCGCUCUAUCUGUGUGUAGCUGUAGUGACUAUGUGCCUUGUCAGAGCUCUUUAUGUGCAAGUGUUGUACUUCUAAUUAAGUGUUCAGACCAGAUAAACGUACACAUAUCCACACCGCGGCAGACAUGCCAAAGACGAAGCGACGUCAGUAUAGAGUGGACCAGUGCACUAUUUAUUGACUGGUGUAAUGUCUCUGUUCAAAUUGUAGCCUCUAGCUACAGACUCCAGUUCUGGAUUUAGAUUAUUUUCCAAUUACAAACGGAUUUAAAGUUUGUAUGCGUGUUCUGUUGUCGAAUCUUGAAUGUUUGCUUGCAAUACAGAUGGGUAAGUCAUGUCUGGGUUUGACGUUCCUCAAAAACAAAUGUAAUUACGUCGGGUCCUGCGACACAAAUCUGACUUCAGCCAUUUGACACGAAACAGACCAUGUUGAAUUUCAACUCGGUGUACAAACCUACUAAAGCAUUAAAACAUAUGUAUUCGAGUAAAGCAAACUCUUCUUGUGAGCAAGAAUGAUGACUUACUGUAUGUCAAGAUGGAAAGCAAUAAACGAAAUAAGUAUAAACUGACUGUUUUGCUAUUCUUUUAGCACUUUGGUCAUCCUGAGUCUUUCAUACUCAUUAUUCAAGUAUUUCACUCUACAAAGGUAAGCGUAAACUGUUCAUAUUGUUUGAAUGUUUUCAUUUGGUGAAUGGGUAUUUUCUGCUAAUAACGCAAUGGACGUGGUGAUAAAACAAUGGAAAUUUGAUUGAGUGGGAGUAAGUAGUCACUUAAGCACGUAAAAUUGUCACACACUCUUUAUAAAGUUACUAUACUGGUUCUGGUGUCACGUUAUUUUUAGGGCUGUCAUAAUUAUCGCGUUAACGGGUGGUAAUUAAUUUUUUCAAUUAAUCACGUUAAAAUAUUUGACGCAAUUAAUAAGGGCUGCUGCUAUCGAUUAUUUUAGUAGUCGAUUAAUCGAUGAACUAGUUUGUCGAAUAAUCGAGUAAUCGGAGAAGUAACAUGAAAAAUUAAAAUAGCUGAGCUGAGCCUCGAACGGUAUAAAAAAACAAUUAAAUAAGGAUCUAUGUACAACAAAAGAACAAUUGGCUAACUUACAUUGCAAAAGUCCACUAGCUUCAAAUGGUUCGGACACAUAUUCCCACAAAAAUGGCUAAAUACCCAUAAACUAAAUUACAAAUGCAUUAAAAAAACAUUAGUGCAAACAAAAACUUAGCUUAUUUUGAUCUUAACAUGGAGCAGCUGGAUUCAGCCAUGUGCAAUGAGGCAGACUAGAGGGUAGUGUAUCCACUCAAAUCAAUAAAAUUGAUUGCAAACACUUUCAAAAUAAACCAUGACAAGGGCACAAUAAUUAAACGAAUACUCGAAACAGCAAAAUUUAAUUCGAAUCUUUUUUUUCUAAUCGAAUACUCGAGUUAAUCGAUUAAUUGUUGCAGCACUACAAUUAAUGCACAUGCCCCGCUCAAACAGAUUAAAAUGACAGCGCAGGGUCAUGUGCAGUCAUGUUACUUGUGUUUUUUUGGAGUUUUGUUGCCCUCUGCUGGCGCUUGGGUGCGACUGAUUUUAUGACCAUGAGAAUUGUGUAAUUAUUGACAUCGCCAAUGGCGACCUACUAGUUUAUUUUUUGGUUGAAAAUUUUACAAAUUUUAUUAAAACGAAAACAUUAAGAGGGGUUU